AUAUAUAGCGGUGGUCUUGGCUGUUUUUCUUCUUCUUAGACUUCAUUGGGUGCUGUGUUACUUUUGUCUUCCCCAAUGAAUAUUUGACCUUUUGGUUCCUCUUCUUUCUUUACACCCUCAUAUAAUAUUCUCUUCAUAUUGGUCUGCCUUGGGCUUCACAUCACUGAAAUAGUUGGUUAAAUUGGUUGGGAAGGUUUGGCUUCAGAUUUGUCUCAGUGAGUGAGAUCACUUCUAGUUGAAAAUGGGGAAGCUAAGCUUUGGCAGGGUGUUAGAUUGUUUAUGUCUUUCUUCUUGCUCAAGCUCUUGCUUCUGCAUGAACACCAUGGAAAACCAAGAUGAGUUUGAGAGAAGGCCAUUGAUUGCAAGUGAUAAAGGCCAGUUACUGAGAUUGAAAGAUGUUGUUUCUGGAAACCAGACCUUGGCUUUUCAAUUGAAGCCCAAGAUGGUGACCCUAAGGGUGUCCAUGCACUGCCAUGGCUGUGCAAGAAAAGUAGAGAAGCAUAUCUCAAAGAUGGAAGGAGUGACCUCGUACAAAGUAGACUUGGAAAACAAGAUGGUGGUUGUUAUCGGAGACAUUCUUCCUUUCGAAGUGCUGGAGAGUGUGUCCAAGGUUAAAAAUGCAGAGAUUUGGAAUUCUCCAUCUUGAAAGUUGAAGGAGAACAUUGUCCGACCCCCCAAAUUCUCAUUCCACCCACCAUAAUGACAAAAAUGACGUUUAAACAAAUGCUCUCUCUCUCUCUCUCUAUAUAUAUAUA